UAUCUCGGCGGAUCUGCAGUCUCUUUUGGGUCUCCGGCUUGUUAACACCGUGUCAAAAUGACGGAUCCUUUGCCCCCCUGGAACUUCAAAUGGGUCGUCAAGAACGAGCUGGUCAUCAUGGGCUACCCAAAGAACGAGGCGAACAUCCUUUAUCUGGUCCAACAGGGCAUCACCCAUCUGGUGUCAUUGUCUCCUGAAAAACAGCCUCCAUUCGAGCAUUUUCCGUUCCAUUUCAGGUGGACGCCGAUCGACGUGCUCGAAUUCGAACCGCCGACGUUAAGCCAGAUAAUAAACUUCAUAAACAUCUGCAAAACUGCACAUUUUAACAAGGAGUCAGUUGCUGUCCACUGCCGGCUCGGACGUGGCAGAAGCGGAGUCAUGGCUGCCUGUUACUUGGUCAGGUUCUACGAAAUGCGUCCUGAAUACGCGUGCACGUCUGUGCGUCUUCUGCAGCCGGGCGCCAUCGAGACGUACAGCCAGGAAAGAACAGUCCACGCCUAUUACGACUACCUCAGGCAAGGAGAGAAAGAGCCUUUGGACGAGGUAGAUAUAUACGUGAAGUCGAUCCCUAGGCCACACUGGGACUACAAACUGAGGAGGAAGCGCAUCUUCGACCAUGAAUACUGAUCUCAUUGAAAACUAACUUUCAUAUUUAUUUAUAUGUUUCCUGAUAAAAAGAAAAAUAUUUACAUUAAAAAUCAAUGCACUAUUGACAAAAUACAAUUCGUCUUUCAAUUUAUGAAGGAAACAUUAAAUAUUUAAACG